CCGAAGGCCGUUGGACGCGCCUGCGCAACUCCUGGUGCUGCCUUCUGAGCGCGCUUGCCUCCCAGCGUCCUUAGCGCAGCUUUGCCGCCAGGAAACAGCUGAAGCGGUUUCCUGCUUCGCUUAGUCUUGGUCUCGGCCUUGGUUUAAACUGUUGCUGUGGGAUUUUAAAUUCAUCACCUCACGAUGCAGCGGGAGCCUGCUAAGAAGAAGCCCGAGAAGAAGGCGGAAAAGCGGCUGUUUGAUGCCGCGUCUUUCGGAAAAGACCUGCUGGCUGGUGGGGUCGCGGCGGCCGUAUCCAAGACGGCCGUGGCGCCCAUCGAGCGGGUGAAGCUGCUGUUGCAGGUGCAGGCGUCCUCCAAGCAGAUCAGCCCCGAAGCGCGGUACAAAGGCAUAGUGGACUGCCUGGUGCGGAUUCCCCACGAGCAGGGUUUCCUCAGUUUUUGGCGUGGCAAUCUGGCAAAUGUUAUCCGAUAUUUUCCAACACAAGCUCUAAACUUUGCUUUUAAGGACAAAUACAAACAACUGUUCAUGUCUGGAGUUAAUAAAGAGACACAGUUCUGGAGAUGGUUUUUGGCAAACCUGGCUUCUGGUGGAGCUGCUGGGGCCACAUCGUUGUGUGUAGUUUAUCCACUAGAUUUUGCCCGAACACGAUUAGGUGCCGAUAUUGGAAAAGGACCUGAACAGCGACAAUUCAAGGGUUUAGGUGACUGUAUUGUGAAAAUAGCAAAAUCAGAUGGAAUUGUUGGUUUAUACCAAGGAUUUGGUGUUUCAGUUCAGGGAAUCAUUGUGUACCGAGCCUCUUAUUUUGGAGCUUAUGACACAGUUAAGGGCUUAUUACCAAAACCAAAGGAAACCCCAUUUCUUGUAUCAUUUUUCAUUGCUCAAGUUGUGACUACAUGCUCUGGAAUACUCUCUUAUCCCUUUGACACAGUUAGAAGACGUAUGAUGAUGCAGAGUGGUGAGGCUGAACGGCAGUAUAAAGGAACCUUAGACUGCUUUGUGAAGAUAUACCGAAAUGAGGGAAUCAAUGCAUUUUUUCGUGGUGCCUUCUCCAACGUCCUUCGUGGCACAGGGGGUGCUUUGGUAUUGGUGUUAUAUGAUAAAAUUAAAGAAUUCCUUAAUAUUGAUAUUGGAGGUGGUUCAUCCGGAGAUUAAAUUGAAAAAUGGAUGCAUCUGACCUGUUAAACAUACCAAUUACAUGCUGCCAUUUGCAUACAUUUUGAUAGGAUGUUAUUACCAUCAGUGUAUCUUAAACUGCUACUUCUGCAAUAAAGCAUAAACUUUCUUCAAGGGCUUAAAUAUUUAAAAUCAGAUAAGUGUAUGUUUCCUUCCCACUUAAACUCACUGGAAUGAGACAUUUUACUUAUAAGUAGUGUAUGUUAUUUGUUUAAAAUUAUUUUCUUACAUUUGUUACAAAAAUUAAAUUAUAUAAUGCUGAAAUCUAUGAAAUGAAAGCAUAUUCUUUAAAAUUGCUAUUCAUUUAAUAUACCUGUUUUCCCAUCUUUUAAAAAUCAUACAGUGUAAGGAAUACUUCUUAAAAGUUUAUCAAGAGACGUCAUCAUUAUAUCUGUAGGAAUAAAAAAGCUUUUUUCCAAGACAACUCAGGUAUGAUAUAUGGUACUUACAGUGUCAUGUAGCUUUUCAUAAGCACAGAUAAUACAACUGAUCAUUAAAAUUUGAUAAUGGCUUUAGUGAUACAGUAAAACUGGUUGGAAAAUAACAUAAAAUGGCUUAUCUGCUAAUAUUUGUCUUUACAAUAAAGUCUUACCAAGUGUGAAUAUAUCUUGGAACAAAAAAUAUCCCCUAGAAAAUCAGUUUUUGUAUUCUAUAUUGACAAUAAAAGGAAGUUUAAAACUGU